UAAUCUAGUCUUGGUCACCACGUUAUCCUGUGCCCAAGGAACAGCCUUCUUUGACUCUUUCUCUGAAAUCUUUGGGCUCCACAUUCUCAAAAAAAAUCUGAAUCUGGCUCUGUUUGUCCUAAGAUAAAAACCCAUCUCCCAAAUGAUUUUCUGCACAGAAACCUGAUAAGCUGAUAUACCCAAAACCUCGCCGAAAAAGAAUUGUUUAAGGGAGUAUGUCUGUGUUUCAAUUUCAUCCCUUUUUAUUCCAAAAUACGCAACGUGAUUUUCUCAUCAACCCAAUUUUCUCGCGUUUCUUCACUGGCUUUCUGCACCUGGUUUUAUUAUUAAUCAUAUUCAUAUCAUGGGUUUCCAAGAAAAUCGGGAGUAAUGACGAUGAAAGGCAGAAGCAGAGGGUUAGGCACAAUAGGCUCUUACAUUACAAACCAACACUCAUUUCAUGUUUGGUUCUUUCAUUGUUCAACCUUGUUUUAUGCCUAUUGAAUUAUUUUUAUUGGUAUAGAAGUGGCUCGUCUGAUGAGAAGAUUCUUACUUCACUGGAUUUGGGAAUAAAAACACUAGCCUGGUUAGCCCUCUAUGCUUACUUGCAAAGCCAGUUCUUGAAAUUUGGUGAACAAAAGUACCCACUCAGUUUGAGGCUCUGGUGGGCACUUUUAUUCUUAGUGUCUUGUUAUUGCUUAGUGAUAGACCUUAUUUAUUACAAAAAGUACCAAACUUUGUCAACUUUGUUUUGGCUAUCUGAUAUAAUUUCCAUUGCGAUGGGUAUUUUCUUCUUUUAUGUGGGGUUUUGGGGCAAGAAAGAUGGCAAAGAUAGUCAUCUUCAAGAACCCCUUUUAGAUGGAAGUGCUACUAAUGUUAGAGAGUCGAAUAAGGCAAUAAAAGGGGAUGAAGCUGUAACCCCUUAUGCCAAUGCUAGUAUUUUUAGUAUCAUUACUUUCUCUUGGAUGGGUCCUUUGGUUUCUCUUGGCUUCAAGAAAACCUUAGACCUUGAGGAUGUCCCACAGUUGGCAAAUUUCGAUAGUGUAAGAGGGGCAUUUCCAAUUCUAAACAAUAAAUUGGAGUCUGAUGGUGGGGUGAGUAAGAGGGUGACCACACUUAUGCUAUCGAAAGGAUUAAUUUUCAUGACUUGGAGGGAAAUUUCUUUGUCUGCUGUCUAUGUGCUUGUGUAUACAUUGGCGUCUUAUGUAGGUCCAUACCUUAUUGACACCUUUGUUCAAUACUUAAAUGGGCGGCGAAAUUUUGAAAAUGAGGGCUUUGUCUUGGUUUUUGUUUUCUUCAUUGCCAAGGUGUUUGAGUGCUUGUCCCAGAGACACUGGUUCUUCAAGGUGCAGCAGGCUGGAUUUAGGGCCAGGGCGGCAUUAGUUGCCAAAAUCUAUAACAAGGGUUUGACUCUUUCGUGCCAAUCGAAGCAAGGAUAUACAUCUGGGGAAAUUAUUAAUUUUAUGUCCGUCGAUGCAGAGAGAAUAGGAGACUUUGGUUGGUACAUGCAUGACCCAUGGAUGGUGAUUUUACAGGUUGGUUUGGCGUUGGCAGUUUUAUAUAGAAAUCUCGGGCUUGCUUCUCUCGCUACACUUGUUGCUACUGUUGUAGUGAUGCUAGCAAAUGUUCCAUUGGGAAGUUUGCAAGAAAAAUUUCAGGACAAGCUAAUGAAAUCGAAAGAUAAAAGGAUGAAGACAACGUCUGAAGUUUUGAGGAACAUGAGGAUUCUCAAGCUUCAAGCUUGGGAGAUGAAGUUUCUGUCCAAAAUUCUCGAGCUUAGGAAUGUCGAGACAGGAUGGCUGAAAAAAUAUGUUUAUACUUCAGCCGUUACCACUUUUGUUUUUUGGGGUGCCCCUACAUUCAUUUCUGUGGUAACUUUUGGUGCUUGUAUGGUAAUGGGGAUCCCACUUGAAUCCGGGAAGAUACUGUCCGCACUUGCAACCUUUAGAAUUCUUCAAGAGCCAAUUUACAAUCUGCCAGAUACAAUUUCCAUGAUUGUUCAGACUAAAGUUUCUCUUGAUCGAAUUGCAUCAUUUCUUUCCCUGGAUGACCUGCAGCCAGAUGUCAUAGAGAGGCUUCCCAUGGGCAGUUCUGACACGGCAGUAGAGAUAAUUGAUGGGAAUUUUUGCUGGGAUUUAUCAUCUGCUAGUCCAACGUUGAAAGAUAUUAACCUUAGAGUUUCUCAUGGCACGAGGAUUGCCAUUUGUGGUACAGUUGGUUCGGGAAAGUCAAGCUUACUUUCCUGUAUUUUGGGGGAGCUGCCCAAAGUAUCAGGAAUCGUUAGGCUCAGUGGAAGAAAGUCCUAUGUUGCUCAGUCACCUUGGAUACAAAGUGGGAAGAUCGAGGAGAACAUAUUGUUUGGUAAUGACAUGGACAGGCAACACUACGAGAGAGUUCUUGAAGCAUGUUCACUAAAGAAAGAUUUGGAAAUUCUCUCGCAUGGUGAUCAAACAAUUAUUGGUGAAAGGGGGAUCAACUUGAGUGGUGGACAGAAGCAGAGGAUACAGAUUGCGCGUGCUCUCUACCAAGAUGCUGAUAUAUAUUUGUUUGAUGAUCCAUUUAGUGCUGUCGAUGCACAUACAGGAACUCAUCUAUUCAAUGAAUGUGUAUUGGGGCUUCUGGAUUCAAAAACUGUUGUUUAUGUCACGCAUCAAGUGGAAUUUUUACCGAUAGCUGAUCUAAUUUUGGUUAUGAAAGACGGAAGGAUUUCACAAGCUGGAAAGUACAAUGAUAUUCUAAAAUCCGGUAGUGAUUUCAUGGAACUAGUUGGUGCACACAAGGAAGCUUUAUCAGCACUUGAUUCCACUAAGGCAGGGGCAACAUCGGUUGGUAAGGAUAGCGACAGAGGAAAUGCUAAGAAUUCUCUGCAGAAAAAGGAAUCUCGCAAUGAUCAAAAUGAUGAAAGAGAUGAUGCAAUGGGGACGAAUGGACAGCUUAUUCAAGAAGAAGAAAGAGAGAAAGGUCGAGUUGGUUUAUCAGUUUAUUGGAAAUAUAUCACUACUGCAUUUGGAGGACUCCUCGUGCCGUUUAUAUUGUUGGCACAAAUUCUGUUUCAAGUACUUCAAAUUGGAAGCAAUUAUUGGAUGGCUUGGGCAACUCCUGUGUCCAAGGAUGCAGUACCUCUAGUUGGCAGUUUUACUCUUAUCAUUGUCUAUGUUGCUUUGUCAAUUGGAAGUUCAUUAUGCAUUCUUGCCAGAGCCUUGCUUCUUGUUACGGCUGGUUACAAGACAGCUACAAUGCUUUUCAACAAAAUGCAUAAGUGCAUAUUUCGUGCCCCCAUGUCUUUCUUCGAUUCCACUCCAAGUGGACGCAUCCUAGAUAGGGCAUCUACAGAUCAAAGUGCUGUGGAUUUGAACAUUCCAUCUUUAGUUGGGAAUUUUGCUUUUUCAUUGAUACAGCUUCUAGGAAUUAUUGCGGUUAUGUCACAAGUAGCGUGGCAGGUCUUCAUCGUUUUCAUUCCCGUGAUUGCAAUUUGCAUAUGGCUACAGAAUUAUUACAUACGAUCAGCACGAGAACUUUCUCGAUUAGUUGGCGUGUGCAAAGCACCAGUAAUACAACACUUUUCGGAGACCCUUUCGGGAUCAAGUACAAUCAGAAGUUUUGAUCAGGAAUCCAGAUUCCGUGACACGAGCAUGAAACUAAUUGAUGCAUAUUCUCGGCCAAAGUUCCAUACUUCUGGUGCGAUGGAGUGGUUAUGUGUUCGCUUGGAUAUUUUGUCACUAGUUACUUUUGCCUUUUCAUUGAUUUUCUUGAUCAUGAUUCCCGAAGGAACCAUCGAUCCAAGUGUUGCGGGCUUAGCAGUGACGUAUGGGCUUAAUCUAAACAUGUUACAAUCAUGGGUUGUAUGGAAUCUUUGCAGCUUGGAAAAUAGGAUCAUAUCAGUUGAAAGGAUACUUCAGUACACUUCUAUACCGAGUGAGCCUCCUCUUGUUGUAGACUCAAGUAGGCCAGAAAGUCAAUGGCCAUCAAACGGAGAAAUUAAUAUUCAAAAUCUUCAGGUCCGUUAUGCUCCACACAUGCCACUUGUGUUACGAGGCAUCUCAUGUACUUUCUUUGGAGGGAAGAGAACUGGAAUAGUCGGGAGGACAGGCAGUGGUAAAUCGACUCUUAUACAAACCCUCUUCCGCAUUGUUGAACCUGCCGAUGGACAAAUAUUGAUUGAUACUACCAAUAUCUCAUCAAUUGGACUGCACGAUUUGCGAUCUAGAUUGAGUAUAAUUCCUCAGGAUCCAACCAUGUUUGAGGGGACAGUUCGAAGUAACCUAGACCCCCUUGAAGAGUAUACAGAUGAACAGAUUUGGGAGGCUCUUGAUAAGUGCCAGCUUGGAGAUGAGGUUCGCAAGAAGGAAGGCAAGCUCGAUUCAGCAGUGUCCGAGAAUGGAGAGAAUUGGAGCGUUGGUCAAAGGCAACUAGUUUGUCUUGGACGUGUACUACUAAAGAAAAGCAAGAUUCUUGUGCUCGAUGAGGCCACUGCAUCAGUCGACACAGCAACAGAUAAUUUGAUUCAACAAACCCUCAGGAAGCACUUCUAUGACUCAACGGUUAUAACGAUUGCACACAGGAUAACGUCUGUGGUAGACAGUGACAUGGUUCUAUUAUUAGAUCACGGGAUUGGUACUUGUAGCACUCUUGGGACUCUCGGCAUUUUUCUACAUGGCGGAGACCUCAAUCACUACACUCUGGCCUUGGAAGAUUCAAUGUCUGUGUGGAAUCUCCUUAGAGAGUUCUGCAUCAGGAGGAUGCACAUGGCUGUUGUUCUUAAUGAAUAUGGAGGAACUGUUGGAAUAGUCACCCUUGAAGACAUGGUUGAGGAAAUUGUUGGUGAUAUUUUUGACGAAAAUGAUUCGAAAGUAAAGGAGGAAAUCCAGAAGAAAACUGGCUAUAUUGUUAUGCAUGCCGAGGGCAUAUAUGAUGUGGAUGCUAAUACAUCAAUUGACAGCUUUCUGAAGACCUUAAUAUUAAAAUGCCCGAGGGCCAUCAAUAUGAAACGGUGUCUGGUUCUGUAUGUGAGGCAUUUGGAUAUAUCCCAAGGACGGGUGAAACCAUAAAAGUGGUACUUGAAAGAGCAAAUAGAGAAGAUCAUGGUGACUAUAAUGGGGUAGAAUCUGAACGGCAAGACGAAAAAGAAAAGACAAAUUUUUAAGCUGGAGAUAUUAGAAGGAAAUGCCAGAAAGGUUAGCAUUGUUAGAUUCAAACAUAUAAACCACGAUGAUGCAGCAUCAGAGGUAACACACUUGGUUCCCAAAAUCAUGAAAGGGAAAUGGAGUAACACUGAUUACUCGGAUAGGGAAGAAAUCAACGAGGUUCCAUUUCAGGAGAUUCAGAUAAAGAUGGCUACUCUAAUAAUUAUGUAAACUCUGUACAUGAAGACACUGUUGAUCAUUUAAGUAAACAGUAGUUGCAUUACUCCAUUAUUUCCAUCUUUACUGGAAUGAAAUGAAAGUAAAGAGAAAUUUUGCAUAUUUAAAAAACGGAAAUGCUGAUCUACCAAGGUCAUUUACCA